CGGGAAGCGCGACCAGGAGCCGGUUCGGCUUGUAACCCUUGCCAUGGCGCGCUCACGCGUGGGAGAGGGGCCUGUGAGGCACCGGCCCGGAACACCCCCAAUGGUGAAAGUCCCUUCUCGGGAGGGAAAUUCGCCUGUCCUACCUGCCCUCUCUAGAGGCCUCGCACCUCUCAAGGCUGAUUUCCCCACAGUCCACGUCCCAGCCCACCGGGCACCCACCUCCGGGAACCGCGAGCGUUCCACGUAACGCGGUGCGCAGGGCGUGGGACGUGUGACCUGAAAGCGCGCACUUUUUCUCAUCUGUGCAGUGGGUAUGAUUUUCCCCCAUCAACCAGUUUUAGGUGGGGGAUCUGAAAUUAAACCAUUUUAGUUAUGAAACUCAAUUUAGACUUCUAGGAGACGUACCCCUUGCUAACAGUCCCAGUGGUGUCACAUUGAGGGCCUGAACUUAACAGUUGCCACAGAUGGUACAGAAUGUUGGCUUUUACAGCCAGGUCUCACACUCCACUUCUGUUUCCGCUUUUCUUACUUGCUGCUACUGCUGAACCCUUCUUUUUCAAAUUCAAGUGAGUCCAGGUUUUAAUUCUCAUCAUGGCUAUCACUCAGUUUCGGCUAUUUAAAGUUUGUACCUGCCUAGCAACAGUAUUCUCAUUCCUAAAAAGAUUAAUAUGCAGAUCUGGCAGAGGAAGGAAAUUAAGUGGAGACCAAAUAACUUUACCAACUACAGUUGAUUAUUCAUCAGUUCCUAAGCAGACAGAUGUGGAAGAGUGGACUUCCUGGGAUGAAGAUGCACCCACAAGUGUGAAGAUUGAAGGAGGGAAUGGGAAUGUGGCAACACAACAGAAUGCUUUGGAACAAAUGGAACCUGACUAUUUUAAGGACAUGACACCAACUAUACGGAAAACUCAGAAAAUCAUCAUUAAGAAGAGAGAACCAUUAAAUUUUGGCGUCCCAGAUGGUAGCACAGGUUUCUCCAGUAGAUUAGCUGCUACACAAGAUAUGCCUUUUAUUCACCAAUCUUCUGAAUUAGGUGACUUAGAUACCUGGCAAGAAAAUACCAAUGCAUGGGAAGAAGAAGAAGAUGCAGCCUGGCAAGCAGAAGAAGUUCUGAGGCAGCAGAAAAUAGCAGACAGAGAAAAGAGAGCAGCAGAACAACAGAGGAAGAAAAUGGAAAAGGAAGCACAGAGGCUAAUGAAGAAAGAACAAAAUAAAAUUGGUGUGAAACUUUCAUAACAAAUGUUCUUCAAAUGUCAUAGUGCCAGUAGGAGAAAUCUGAGCUCCACAACCCAGACAUCAUUUAUUUGGAUUUAAGAAUAUUUUCAGAAUACAAACACACUGCUUAAUUUCAGUGCAUUCAUCAGGCCAUCCAGGACACCAGAAUUCUCCCAAAGUACCUUGAACUCCUAGUAAUUAAGACUCAAAAGAACAAAGAGGACUUAUGAGACAAUAUUUUCUUCAACAUGCUCCAAAUAUAAGACAGUUGUUUGCUGUAGAGAAAUUAUUACGAAUGGAAUAUACCAGUACCUCUCAAGCUAGUGUUUCUAGCUAAAUUAAUGGUUGUAAAUAAUUUUAUGAUGGAAAAGAACUCUGCUAUUAUGCUUUCCUUCAAUGUGCAUAAUUAUAAAAUAAAUAAUUUUAAUAUUCUUUGUUUCCAUUAUUACCUGACCUAAAUUAGAUAAGUUGUAGAGUUUCAACUUCUUUAUCUUUGUUGUCAGAAGCUGAUGUUGGCAUACGUUUUCUCUAAUUUGGAAUGAUUUUGCUUAUGUUUGGUAGAACAUUAAGGAAUAUGAAAUUUU